AUGUUACCGCGAGCGGGCUGGCAUCAUGCUGGUCGACGUCCCGGACAUGGGCUGACGCUGACAAGACCAUCUAAUCUAGGUUCACGAGGACCAUGGAAUAUCCCAAGACGAUAUGUUACUGGAUUACAAGCCGGUGAGGAUAAGACUGGUCACAUCAGCGCAGGUCCCAACGAAGGCAUCUUCUUCUUCAACAAUGUCUUUCCUAUCCAAAUACGUAAGGUCCUGGGGUUGCCAAUGCCGGCGAUUAUCGAUCGCCUUGUCAGUCCUAGUUUAUCUGGAACCGAUCCUAAAGCUGUCAUUGAGCGAGCGAGUGCAAAACGAAAUCUGCCGAUCACGGCCACCGAAGUGCUUCCGCGGAUGAGAGAAGGAGGCGCCUUUGUCAAAUUUACGCAUGAUGGGAGUGCACCGACUUCAGAGAUUGAGAAGAUCUUGCAAGAGUAUCUCAGGGAAGAGCCUGUGAAGCCAUGGUGGAGUCCAUGGAAGAGGAUGCGCGCGAAAAUCGUUAGAGGACGGCCAUGGGUGGAGGACUUGAUGCGUCUACCUGCUUCACGUCUGCGCGUUGAAUUCGUCUCUGGUGAACCUGGUACGCCUCCUUCGGAAGCCGUGGAGCUGAGUCAAGAGCAACUUUUCCAGUUCUUCAGGCCGUACGGCAAGCUGGGCGAUAUUGUGAUGCAGCCUCCGGACUCCAAGGUUCUUCCCAAGUUCGCGUAUCUGGAUUAUACUAGUAUCGGGAAAGCUAUUAUGGCUCGUAACUGCAUGCAUGGGUAUCUCGUCUCUGAAGCUGAGGGUGGUAGCGCCAAAGGAACAAUUCUGAGACUCAAGUAUGAGCAGAAGAUUAAGCCUCGGUAUAUUCGGGAUUGGAUCUUGAAUCAUCCGCGUAUUGUCAUCCCUAUUGUGGCUGCACUCAUUGCCGGCACAGUGGCUAUCGUUUUCGACCCCAUUCGACAAUUCUUCGUCAAGGCACAUAUUACUCGCAACUUUCACAUUGAAGACAACAAGUGGUAUCAAUGGGUCAAGGGCUAUGCUACCGACAUCAUGAGUGCAGGCCGCAAGCAUAACGAAGGCGACGGCAUGGACUACAUUUGGGAUGAUCGAAAGGAAAGCAUCGAACAGAUUCAAACUUGGCUCAUGGAGACAGCCGAAACCUUCAUCAUUGUCCAAGGUCCUCGGGGAUCCGGCAAACGCGAACUGGUGGUUGACCAAGCACUACAAGACAAGAAACUGAAGCUCAUCAUUGAUUGUAAGCCCAUCCAGGAAGCCCGAGGCGAAAGCGCAACAAUCAAUGCAGCAGCACUGUCAGUAGGAUAUAGGCCCGUCUUUAGCUGGAUGAACAGUAUCAGCGGUAUGAUCGAUAUGGCAGCGCAGGGUGCUACAGGCGUAAAGACUGGCUUUUCGGAGACACUCGACUCACAACUUAGCAAAAUCUGGAACACUACAACCCUGGCUCUGAGACAAAUAGCCCUGGAUAACCGACACAAGCACGACAAAGACGCUUAUCUUGGCGAUGACGAAUGGCUCGAAGCUCACCCAGAACGAAGGCCAAUCGUCGUGAUUGACAAUUUCUUGCAUAAGAGCCAGGAGGGCGGUAUCGUCUACGACAAGCUUGCUGAAUGGGCUGCACGCCUCACAACUACGAAUAUCGCUCACGUCAUCUUCUUGACCAACGAUGUCGCAUUCAACAAGUCACUGUCCAAAGCAAUGCCCGAUCGCAUGUUCCGUCAAAUCUCGUUGUCAGAUUGCAGUCCUGAAGUAGCCAAGCGCUAUGUAAUAAACCACUUGGAUGCUGAUGUCGAGGAUGAUCCAGCACCAAAAGACGGCUCACCUAAGAAAGUCCCAUCUGAACACCGUGGCGAUCUCGGCGAACUGGAUACCUGUAUUGAUCUUCUGGGUGGCCGACUCACUGACCUUGAGUUUCUGUCACGUCGCAUCAAGAGUGGCGAGACUCCAACCAAAGCGGUGCACGAAAUCAUUGACCAGUCAGCAUCUGAGAUUUUGAAAAUGUACAUUUUUGGCGCUGAAGAUGAGGGCGGUAACCGAAGCUGGAACGCAGAACAAGCCUGGUUCCUUAUCAAAGAGCUGGCGCAGAGAGAAUCACUACGCUACAACGAAGUUCUCAUCGACGACAUUCUCAAAACCGGCGGUGAAUCUGUUCUCCGCGCUCUCGAACAAGCUGAACUUAUCUCCAUUGUUUCCGGUGCAAAUGGCAGGCCCUCGGUCAUCAAGCCCGGAAAACCCGUGUAUCACCCCGCGUUCAAGCGUCUGACAGAAGACAAAGUACUAAAGAGCCGUUUGGAUCUGGCGAUUUUCACGCAUCUAACCAAGAUUGAAAAUGCGACAAUCGACAAGUGCGAGACGGAGCUGCUGCUGUUGAGCAAGUUGAGGAAUCAGCCUGCACAGACUGCAGGGCGGGUCAACUACUUGUUGACCAAGUUGAUGACUAGUCAGGCAAAGGUGGAGAGGUAUGAGAUGGAGAUGAAGGGGCUGAAGAAGGUGCUUGGUAAGGAGUACUAG